GUGAAAGAAAGAGAGAGAGACAGAAGUAAUUGGAGGAUGAAAGAGGCUGAGGCAAAUCAUACUGUUUGUUGCUGCUUGGGGGAGAGACAGAGGAGUAGCUGGAGGAGCUCUAAAACCAGAAGUAAUUUGAGGUCACAACAUGGCGCCCUUCCUGCGGAUUUCCUUUAAUUCAUUUGAGCUGGGUCCAAUGCCGAACCAAGCCGAACAGUGCCAGCCUUUCUGUGCCAUUAAAGUAAAGGAAUCUAUGACUACAGAUAGAGGUAAAACUCUAGUGCAGAAGAAACCCACUAUGUACCCUGACUGGAAGUCCACAUUUGACGCACAUAUUUACGAGGGUCGGGUCAUCCAGAUCGUGCUGAUGAAGGCAGCAGAAGAUCCCUUGUCUGAGGCUACAGUGGGCGUCGCUAUGUUAGCUGAACGUAGUAAAAAAGGCAACGGAAAGUCUGAGUUUUGGCUUGACCUACAGCCGCAGGGGAAGGUGCUGAUGUCCGUGCAGUUUUUCCUGGAAGACACAGAUUGCAAACAGUCGAUCAGAGAAGACGAGGGACUGGUGACCAUAAACCGGAGGCGAGGAGCAAUCAAACAGGCCAAGAUCCACUAUAUCAAGAACCAUGAAUUCAUUGCAACGUUUUUUGGCCAGCCGACCUUCUGCUCUGUCUGCAAAGAGUUUGUGUGGGGAUUGAACAAGCAGGGAUACAAAUGCAGACAAUGCAAUGCAGCAAUACACAAGAAAUGCAUCGACAAGAUCAUCGGUCGGUGUACCGGCACCGCCACCAACAGCCGGGACACCAUGUUCCAAAAAGAACGUUUUAACAUUGACAUGCCUCAUCGGUUCAAAGCUUAUAAUUAUAAAAGUCCCACAUUCUGCGACCACUGCGGCAGUCUACUCUGGGGCCUGGUGAAGCAGGGGUUAAAAUGUGAUGACUGUGGGAUGAACGUUCAUCACAAGUGUCAGAAAAAAGUUGCUAAUCUAUGCGGGAUCAACCAGAAGCUUUUAUCGGAAGCCUUGAACCAAGUCAGCCAGAAAUCCAGCAGGAAGUCAGAUUCUGGGUCAGAUACCGUUGGCAUAUACCAACAAGUGAUCCCAAAAGGGCCGGGGGCAGUUGGAGCAGAUACCUUAGAUAGCCAGUAUGAUAAGUUGUGGGAAGGAACUAGCCCUCAACCCACCAUCCGGAUCUCCAGCAUCAGCAGUCGAUUGAAGAUCGAAAACUUUAUAUUCCACAAGGUGCUGGGGAAAGGCAGCUUUGGCAAGGUGCUGCUGGCGGAACUGAAGGGAAAGAACGAGUACUUUGCAGUGAAAGCUCUGAAGAAAGACGUGGUCCUUAUAGAUGAUGAUGUAGAGUGCACCAUGGUGGAAAAACGUGUUCUAGCGAUGGCAUGGGACAACCCAUUUCUCACGCACGUCUAUUGCACCUUCCAUACCAAGGAACAUCUUUUCUUUGUCAUGGAGUUUCUCAACGGAGGGGACCUGAUGUUCCACAUACAGGACAAAGGCCGAUUUGAUCUCUACAGAGCUACGUUCUAUGGCGCUGAGAUUAUCUGCGGUUUACAGUUUCUUCACUCCAAGGGCGUAAUCUACAGGGACCUGAAGUUGGACAAUGUUAUGCUGGAUAAAGACGGUCACAUCAAGAUCGCUGACUUUGGGAUGUGUAAAGAGAAUGUGUUUGGGGACAAUAAAGCCAGUACGUUUUGCGGAACCCCAGAUUACAUAGCACCUGAGAUUCUGCAGGGCCUCAAGUAUACAUUUUCUGUGGACUGGUGGUCAUUUGGUGUUCUUCUGUACGAAAUGCUGAUUGGACAGUCUCCCUUUCAUGGGGAUGACGAGGAUGAACUGUUUGAGUCUAUAAAAAUGGACACCCCACACUUCCCACGCUGGAUCACCAAGGAAUCCAAAGACAUCCUGGAGAAGCUAUUUGAAAGGGAUCCCCUAAAGCGUCUGGGUGUCACUGGGAACGUCAAAUUACACCCAUUCUUCAAGACUAUCAACUGGACCUUGCUUGAGAAGAAGGAGCUGGAUCCCCCUUUCAAACCCAAAGUGAAAUCUCCUGGGGACUAUAACAACUUUGACCGUGAAUUUUUAAGCGAGAAACCGCGUUUAUCGUACAGCGACAAAAACCUCAUUGACUCCAUGGACCAAGCAGCAUUUGAAGGUUUCUCUUUUAUCAACCCGAAAAUGGAAAAACUUCUUGAGAAAUAACUUUUUUUUUUCCUUCAAUGCUCUCCAAUGCACUCCAAUGUACACUAAAAAGACGACUUUGGUGUCCCAAAUACUAUAUAGACAACGUAACUCCUUUUCAACUGGAGAGAACAGUAGUUGCUUUGGUACUUUUUAACACCGUAACAGUUACUUUUUUUUUAAAUAAAAUAAUAUUAUGGCCAAUUAAGAACAUUUCCCAUGUAAUUAAAUUCCCUUACAUCUGUAUACUUGAAUAUAGAUAUGUGUCGAAAAUCAAAAUUAUAAAUAUAUAUAUAUAUAUAUAUAUAGGGUCUGCUGUAUAUAUUGCUAUAGGGAGUCAAAUGGUUGAAGUGACACAAAUAAAUAUAUUUUUUACAGUCCACUCCAGCUUUGUUGUAAAAAAAAAAAAAAAAAAAAAAGAUAAAUAAAUGAAUACAUGCACCCGUCUAAA